AUGGCAAGGGUAAAAGCAGCCACUGUCAGCCUCGGAGGCCAGGCUGUGGAUGACAACCGACACCGCUCGGAACCGAGCACUAGCCUCCCACACCCCACCGCCAUGUUCAAGGGCGCCAUCACCGCCUCACUCGGCGCUCACGCGUCGAGACUCACCACCCGCCGUGUCCAAGACUUGGUCCAGCAUUCGGAAGAAGUACGCCGUGCAACUACCCCGCCAGAGCACGGGACAGCCAGACGUCUCCCUCCGAGUCGCGGACGGGGACAUCCACACCACGCUCUAUCUCCUGGGCAGCGUUGGCCGACCGGCCCGGGUCGAGCUCAAGGCAAGCGAGGGAAGCAUAAAGCUCCGCCUCGUGCGAGAGAGGGGCCAGGCCGUAGACGUGCAGGCGGUAACAACGAACGAUCUGGUUCUGUCAAGGUCUCGCCUGGCCUCAUGCCGCGCGCGGUCCUUGCGCCCAGUCCGCCCGGCGCGGCCAAGAGAGAAGUCAGGCAGACAUGGGUCGUCACUCCCAUCGGCGCCGAUGCCGCCAGGGCGCAAUAUGGACCGGACAGGGUGUGGGCGCAGACGAAGAAUGCGAGCGUCAAGUUCGCCGUCGAGGGGGAGAGGAACGGGGAUGACGACGACGUCUGGGGCGAUGUGGCCGAGACGGUGCUCGGCGAGGUGUUCGGAUGA